GCUCAGUGGCGAUCACAUCGAGAAAAACUUACAACGGCAACAACGAGUGCGAUACCAAAUUUGAAUUUCAAACAAGAAUUAAUUUGAAGUUUUAAAACGCGUGUGCGAUUAUUCUAAUAACGGGAUUAUUUAAAUUAUAAACAAACCCGAAACAGUUGAUCAUGUUUUCUAAAUAUCAGCAAAUUUACACCCUGGCCGUGGCCCUGAGCAUUGUUUGCGCUUUGAGCGUGGCACAGCAGCCCGAUGAGGAGGCGCCACACACGUUGCUGGACAUUGAGACACCCAAUCAGUUUAGCUACAACUCACCGCUCCAGCAGCCGGACAGUCUCAGUUCGAAGCCCUACUUUGAUUUCCUGAGCACGCUCUAUGCUCACGAUUCGGCCAAAACGGAUCUCUUCCGCCAGCGCCCACGCCGCGAUGUCCAGUCCGCUGAUGCGCCCAAGAGCCGUCGCCGUGAUCGCAAGCGUCGCGCCAUCGUCUUCCGCCCGUUGUUUGUCUACAAGCAGCAGGAGGUGCGCAAGCAGGAGAUCGCCGCCAGAAGACGCAGUGAUGACUAUCGUCGCCAGCGAGUGUAGUUUGCGAAAACUACGCUUCAUUCUAAUCAUAAUCGGACGGCCACAUUGAUUCAAGGCUAUGGCUGUCACUGGUCUUCUACAGGGUCCUCUAGCACUUAGCUUUCUUCAUUUUGUGUCCUUAGCUAUUAAGUCCCAAGCCCAAUGCACUGCAACUGAUCAAUUAAUGAUAGAUCGAAUCCCCACAUCCCACCCACCAAUCACUCCCCUUCGCCCUUUACUGAUAUACACAUAUUAUAUUAGGUAAUCAUAUCAAUAAAUUAAUGUAAAUCAUAUUUGUU